AUGCAUUCCUCUACUCUCGCUGCUCUCUCUCUCUCUCUCUCUCUCCCUCCUGUCCCUGUCACGCCAAAGGAAAUGAUUCGAUCGACCAGAUGUGGACUGCACUCAUCAGCGGGGAAUGAUGUUACAGGGAUUCAAAUGAUGGCUGUCUGAUCGAUCCAGACAAGAUCAAAUGCAUAUGAGCUCCGAUGCUGUACUCGACUCUGAGUCACACUGGCUGUGAUGAAUGGUGGGUCGGUGGCGCUGUGGUGGUUUGGGUUGUUGGGUGGGUAGUACAGUGGGGUGGGGUGGGGUGGGGUGGGGUGAGAAGGAAUCACAAGUCGUUCUUCCGUGUUGUUCUCCACUUCUUUCUUGGCCGAUGAGCGCUUGCUUUGCUUUUCAGUGUUGGGUCCGCCUGGCAGAUGGUGAACGUGUUUUAGUUCUUUGGGAUUGCUUCGGGAGCUUGAUUGUGACCUUACUGUUAUGGAACGUCAGCCUGGUCAAAGUUCCGAAACUGGUGAAAGUCGGUCCAGAGCGUUCUGAACGCUUCACUCCAUUUGAUAUAUUCCUCGUUGUGGCCGACCUAUUGAACAGAAUGAAUGCUGAUCCCCGCAGUUUGACUUAGCCCUCUUCUGAUAAGUUUCCCUUUCUCUAUUCUUUGAAGUACGUAGACUAAUAGCCUUUGUUCUGGUUUUGGUGUCGAACUUGAGUGUCGGGAUGAGAUCCGCUGAGAUUGCGAAGCAACCGUGGGUGGAUUGGGUUGAGGGAAGACAGCGGCAGCUGCAAUUGUUGACUUCGUUUGCUAGGAUGAAAGUUGAAGAUGGUAUGCGCCGACCUGGUGAAUUUGCUUCGAACACCUGGGGACAUCCUGCCCUACCCAUGGAAACACGUCAUCUGACCCCACGGUUCAGGGCAGGGAAUUCGCAGAUAGGAAAAGCUUCUUCUUGCAGCCAACAAGAGAACAUCACGGUGACCAUGCGACAGCACUGUGUUGAGCCGGGGAGAACAAGUUUGUUGAAUCGCGACUUGAACAAGAUCAGCACAGAUGUCAUGGAGACAAGAAAGGUGCCGUCGUGUGAAGACUUACUACCACAUCCGAAAUCUCAUGUAAACUCAAUUCAAGAGGUGAUUUCGAUAGAUGUAUUAUCGACAGCAGCUAAAGCUCUAGACUUCAACAGAAAUUCUACAACCUCCGAUGGCGCCUGUUACCCACAACCUGCGUGUGCCGCGAUUCUCGACACACCAGUUCCGUCAUCUCAUUACGAAGGCAAGGGGUUUCGCGAUGAGAUCUUUGAAACUGGAAUCACUAUUUUUGAAGACGAUCUGGAAAGCCAUGAUCUUGACACACAACGUGUAACAGCACCGAAAGCUUUUGGCCCCAGAAUUGUGAGAGCAUCUGGAUCAAAUCAUGGUUCUGGCCCUGUAGUUGCCUUGCAAGGAACUUGUCGGGCCCCUGAGCUUCACUCCGAAGAGGUUUCCUUAAAUCAGAGAACGAUGGAACCAGAUCGACCCACCAUAACCUGGCUCAAAGAUACAAACAAAUUUACUGGUCUGAGGAAUCCCAAGACCUAUGGGAUGACCCUAAAUGAGUUAUUUGAAGGGAGUCAAUCGUCAAGAGGUAUCGCCUCUAACUCAAAAUACAGCAUGGGGAGUGCUGAACAUGUAACUUCUCAUCACCUUCGAAAUGCAGAAUCAGCAGGAUGGAAGGUUCGCAGACAUAUAAAUUGGCGUAUGCAUGAACGGAGUGACCUCUCAUCCCGAAAGCGCGAAAAGACGCGGUCUGGACUGUCUUGCCACCUCCUUGGAGGAGAACUUGAUACUGAAAGCCAUGGGAGACCAAUAUGUCACAGACGAAGGAAGCCCGAGGUACUCGUAGCAGAUUUACGUGAGAAGGUAGAGCGGAACAUCAGUAAUGAUGAAAGGAAACAUCAACGAACUGCGCAUAAGCCGGUGGUGGUGAACCUCGAACUGUUGUGGAUGAAAGUACAUGAAGAUGUGGAUAACGUAGGGCAUUGCCGGCUCAGUGUACCCGGAAGCCCGACAGUGGAAAUUGCCGAUGAAUGUCCCCGGGUCUCGGUCGAGAGUUUGGCGGAGGAUGGAUCACUGGAAGAAAGUCAGCUUUCAGGAGAAGCAGAUAAGUACAAGACGCCUCAGAAGGUUGCUGAAAUGCAAAGGCUUGCAGAUAAAGUUCUGGAUGCUCUUCUUAUGGAUGUGGCGGGUGAGCUCUCAGGAAUUUGCACUUCUGUUGUUGACAACUUAAUAUCAAGAGAAUUUGGUGAUAUCUGGGAAUGAAACACAUGAAGUGGCAUAGCAAAGCAAAUAGGCAUGCCUUGCUGUGCCAUGUACGCGAUGUGCGCAUAUCCAGGACUCCGUUACGGUUGUUCUUCACAGGUUUGUGUUCUUGUUCUUGUACAUGCGAAGCCCUCUUGGUGGCCCAUGCAGGACACAAUACAAGCUAGCAUUACCUGUACAUUACCAUUUUUCGCCUUUUUGUUACCUGGAGCAUUUGAAAUAAGCACUAUUCAGCAUACCAGUCUUCCACAAUGAAACUCGAAGUACAGAUUGAUUAUUCUAUUUCACCCUUCACUCAAUCUUCAACCUGCAGUUCUCUCGCAGUCUGCACAGCCAAUUUCUGUAUUGUAUUGGCCUUGCUUGUAUAUCUUGAUGUCCUGAAUGGUAACAGAUG